UCUCCCAGGUCCUACAACACCACCCAUCUACGAAACAACCAUCCAUCCACCAUGUCCUCCCCAGGUACUCCCAUCUCCCCACAUCUCCAAAUUCCAAGCUAACAUUCACUUGCCCUAAAGACAAUGCGGUCCCGCCGCCCGCCGAAGUGUCAGUUCCCACCACCACCACCUACCUCCAUCCCAUCCCAACCCAUCCCAUCAAACAAACCACCACUAACCCCCACCAGCAUGACGAUCGCCUCCCCUAUCAACCUCAUCCUCCUUUCCCUCUUCGUCAUAGUAGUAUACCUCCAACUCCGCCCCAAAGCCCCCGUCUGCCUACCCAAGGGCCCUGCCCCCGUCGUCUUCCGCACCUUCACCCCAACCACCCUCCUCCCCUACAACGGCGAGGGAGACCAACCCGUCUACCUUGCCGUUCGCGGCCGUGUAUUCGACGUCACUCCGGGCAAGAACUUCUAUGGACCGGGCGGACCGUACGAGAACUUCGCUGGUCGGGACGCGUCCCGGGGUCUGGCUUGUCAGAGCUUCGAUGAGGAGAUGCUCACCAAGGACCUGAAGGCUCCGUUGGAUGACUUGAAGGAUUUGGAUUCGGAGCAGUUGGAGAACCUGCAGUCUUGGGAGGAGCGGUUCUCUGAGAAGUAUUUGGUUGUUGGGAAGUUGGUGGCAGAGAGGGAUCCGGAGGCAGCUAAUGCGUGAAGUGGUGGCUUAUGACGGUGUGUAUGAUGUUGGUUGUUAGAGUGGGGGUUGUUGAUUGAGUAGGGUAGAUGUAGGUUUGAAUGCGGGUUUGAUAUGGUUGACCUGAGCGGGUUUGUCACGUGCAAUUGCUGUUUCAAAAGCGUUCGGUUUGAAUGGUGAAUGGGACAUGGCCCGGUGGUUUAAGAGGUUUCGGG